AUGGACACCGAGCACAUCUGCUCAGCAUGUAGCUGGUCACCAACCCGUCAAGAAGGAUGUCGCUACAACAGCCACGUGAAACUCUUCUAUGGCGUCAGCAAUCACGGAGCAUGGUCUCUGGGGUCACAUCUGAUUCUAAAAGAGCGGACCACUGAGCCACCCAACUUCGAAUCUACUAACCUCCAGUUCCUGGCCGAAAGAACCUCAAUGCCCGUCCCCAAACUCGUCAAGGAGUGGCAGGAAGACGACGGGACCUAUUUCCUGCUUAGCAAACGGAUCCCCGGCCGUCCCUUGAGUGAAAUCUGGGCUACCAUGUCUGGGGCAGACAAAGAGCGUGUCGCAAAACAGACCGCGGAGUAUUUGAUGCAGCUUCGCGGGCUUCACUCAGCCCUAAUGGAAAGCCUCGGCGGACAGCCACUCUACUCGGCUUUUCUGUUCCCAACUGGCUACUGCAUCGGCCAUGGCCCGUUUUCGUCAGAUGAUGAGCUGUGGGCUGAAAUGGCGCUGGCCUUGGAGAAUGUGCCGGAGAAUGUUCGUUUGGAGUUACGGAGGCGUAUGCCUGCUGCUACUCCCUAUACCUUCACUCAUGGUGACCUGACCAAUGUCAAUAUCAUGGUGGAUGAUAAUGGUUUGGCGGGAAUUCUGGACUGGGAAUUUUCAGGCUACUUUCCGGUUUGGUGGGAGUUUACUUGCGCAGGAAUUGGGCUAGGGCAAGACGACAAGGAAUGGAAAGACUUAUUGCGCAAGUAUCUGCCGGAUCAUACUGAGGCUCGUGAGUUUUGGUUGGACUUUUACGCCUUGCGCAAAUAUCCGACUUUGGAUGAGAGAGGGUUAGUUUUUUAA